CUGAUGAGGGCGACUGGUCGGAGUUCGCCAUGGGCAGUGACGAGCAGGCCGCGCUGUGUGGCCCGGCGCACGCGUGCGAACCGAGUCCGAGCUGGGCUGUCGGCUCUGGCGCUCGUCCCUCCCCUUCUCAACGCCCCCAGCAGCAUCUUCCUCCCUCUCCCCAUCAUCCCCCCCUCCGCCGUCGUCCCCUCCUCCUGCGAACCCGUUACCCCGAAGAGCGCCUACCCUGGACUCCGACGACGACGACGACAUGCUCAACGGCCACGACGACGACCCCAUGGCGUCGGGCGCCCUCUCCCCCGCCCCGCUCAGCAAUAGCGAUGAUAGCGACAACACGAUGCAGGUCGACUCGGAUGUCGAUGUGACCCGCAAUCCUGACGCCGACGCGGACGGCGAGUACGACGAGGAGGAGGCUGAUAGUGUUCCCCACGCCAGUGGCGCCCCCUCCUCCUACCAUUCCAAGCGCGUGGUGAGGGAUGAGGACGAGUCGGGGUACGAAGACGAACCAGAAGAGCCGAACGAUGACGACGAAGAUGCCUCGUAUGCAGACGAGGAAUAUGGUGUGCCGAAGAAGAAACCACCAAAGAAGAAGAAAGGAGCUUCGAAGCCCAAAGUCAUUCCUCGACAAGCCGUCCCCGACUCUGACUCCGAUUCCGACUACGGCGCGCGCUCGAAGAAAAAGAAGAAGACGCGAAACGCGGGCGAUGAACUUCGCGUCUCGAGUCGAGGAGUGAGGAUCCCCAACUACGUCGACGAUGUGCAAGAUUUCGAGCAGUUUGACGACGAAGCGGAUGCCGUUACGUACACAGAAACCGCCGCUCCAAUGAAGGAAGAGGACGAAAUAGAAAACGUACUCGGACACUGUAGGGAUGAGGGACACGAGAACGACCCGGAGGAUGACUGGUACACGAAUAUUCGUUUCCACAUCAAAUGGAAGAACUUCUCCCACCUGCACAAUACGGACGAAGUGUAUGAGUUCCUGAAGCGAUUCAAGGGCCUCAAACGCGUCGACAACUACAUCAAGGCAUUCAAGAUGGACCAGGAAAUCCUUGCCGCCAGGAACCUAUCGCCAGAAGAGAGGGAAACUAUCCUGCUCCGACGAGAACGCGAUAAGGAGGAGCUUGAACUGCACAAGACGGUCGAACGCGUCAUCGCACAGCGCGAGAACGAGACAGGGCAGGUCGAAUACUUCUGCAAGUGGAACGGACUGAAUUACGAUCACUGCACAUGGGAAGUCCAGGAUGACAUCCGACCUAUCGCGAAGGAGCAGAUCGACGCGUUCCGACAGCGGGAAGCGGAAGCCAAAUUCCCGUUCAAGAGUGCAGUGUACCCGCGAUACUCUCGCCCGCCGUUCGAGAAGAUCAAAGAGGACCCGUCGUAUCUUACCGACACCGGUGGUGAACUCAAAGACUUCCAGCUCACUGGCUUGAACUGGCUAGCGUAUCUAUGGAGCAAGGGCGAGAACGGCAUCCUUGCGGACGAGAUGGGUUUGGGGAAGACUGUCCAGUCUGUUUCUUUCCUGUCAUAUCUGUUCCAUGAACGGCGACAGUAUGGUCCGUUCCUCGUGAUCGUCCCUCUGUCUACGAUCACCGCCUGGCAGUCGCAAUUCGCGACAUGGGCGCCAGAUCUGCAUGUGGUCACAUAUAUCGGCAGCGCCGCCGCUCGUGCGGUCGCACGCAAAUACGAGUUUGGGCCAUCCUCCAAGAAGCUCAAGAUGAACGUCUUGCUGACCACCUACGAGAUCACGCUCCGGGACGUGAAGGAGUUAGGCGAGAUCAAGUGGCAGAUGCUCAUGGUGGAUGAGGCACAUCGCCUCAAGAACUCGGAAAGUCAGCUUUAUGAGGCUCUCCGUGGGUUCUCGGCUGCAUCCAAGGUGCUCAUUACAGGAACACCGCUCCAGAACAACGUCAAGGAACUUCUCUCAUUAAUGCAUUUUCUCAUGCCGGAGAAGUUCCUACUAACGAACGAGUUCGACCUCACGGACGCGGAUCAUGAAGUGAAGAUCAAGGAGUUGCACAAGCAGCUCGAGUCCCUUAUGCUGCGUCGUCUGAAGCGCGACGUCUUGACCUCGCUACCGACCAAGAGCGAGCGGAUUCUUCGCGUGGAAAUGAGUGCCAUGCAGACUCAUUUCUACAAGAACAUUCUCACGAAGAACUUCCAAGCCCUGGUCAAGAGCGCCAAUGGCAACAACAACAUCAGUUUGUUGAACAUCGCCAUGGAGCUGAAGAAGGCCGCGAACCACCCUUUCCUCUUUGAGGGGGCGGAGACACGCUCCAACAAUGACGAGGAGGUUCUCAAGGGCCUUGUGAUGAGCAGCGGCAAGAUGGUCCUCCUCGACAAGCUGCUUCACCGCCUACGCGCCGAUAAUCACCGCGUCCUCAUCUUCAGUCAGAUGGUCCGGAUGCUCGAUAUCAUGAGCGACUACAUGACGUUGCGCGGCUAUCAGCACCAACGCCUCGACGGGACCGUCGCAUCGGAGCAGCGGAAGAAAUCGAUUCAGCACUUCAAUGCGCCCGGGUCGCCCGACUUCGCGUUCCUUCUCUCCACGCGUGCCGGUGGGUUGGGUAUCAACCUCGAGACCGCCGAUACGGUCAUCAUCUUCGACAGUGACUGGAACCCCCAGAACGACCUGCAGGCGAUGGCACGUGCACACCGUAUUGGCCAGAAGUCGCAUGUCAGCGUCUACCGGUUUGUGAGCAAGGACACUAUGGAGGAGGACAUUCUAGAGCGGGCGAAGAAGAAAAUGGUCCUCGAGUAUGCCAUCAUCAACCAGAUGGACACGUCGCAGGCGCACCUCAGCUCGAAGGGGGGUGGCUCUAAGGACCCCUCGAAAGCCGAUACGUUGAGCAAGGACGAGCUCCACGCGGUCCUCAAAUACGGGGCGCAGAAGAUCUUCGACAAGGAUGACAGCCAGCAGAACAAGAAACUUGACGAGAUGGACCUCGACGAUAUCCUCAAUCGUGCUGAGCAGCACGAGACGGUCGCAGCCCAGAACGAGGGCGCGUCGCUCGGCGGCGAGGGCUUUCUCGAGCAAUUCGCCAAUAUAGCCGACGUCAAGAACGACAUGAACUGGGAGGACAUUAUUCCCGUCGAAGAGCGUCAACGGUUUGAGCGCGAUGAGGAUCAGCGCAAGGCCGAGGAGAUUGCUGCGGCGGAGACAAAGGACAGGAAACGGUCCCACGCACCCGUGUCCUAUGAAGGUAUGGACGUCGAGCACACCUCCUCGGCACCCCCCGCGAAGAAGCCUCGUCAUCCUGCACCUCAACGGAAGACACCUAGCCAGAAGGCUAUGGAGCUCAAGGAGCGCGACGUUCGUGUACUCGUUCGGAGCUUGCAGAAGUGGGGUGACAUCAGGCAACGAUAUGACACCAUCGUUACCGAGGCCAAGCUCACCGAGAAGAACCGUGGCAUGAUCCAGGAUGUCGCGGACGACAUCAUUGAACUCUGUGCCCGCGCCGUCGAGGAGAACAAUAACGAGAAGCGGGCACGUCUCGAGGCCGGCGAGACCCUCACCAACGCGCAGAAGAGCAAGGCCGUCCUCGUCACGUAUAGGAACGUCAAUAACAUCAACGCUGAGACUGUCCUCUCAAGGCAUCGUGACCUGCAGAUCCUCUUCAAGUACCUCGAUCCACUCAGCGAAGACGAGCGGUACGACUGGACGAUUCCUAUCGAGAACAUCCGUCCGACGCUCAAUUGGUCAGGACGUUGGGGUCCUCAGGAAGACGCGAUGCUCCUUGUCGGCGCGUACAAGUAUGGGUUCGGCAAUUGGGAAGCCAUGGCCAAGGAUCCUCGUCUAGGUCUUGAGGGCAAGUUCUUCCUUGAGGAGGGAAAGAAAGGUGAGGACGCGGCGAGCAAACCCAUCCCCAAUGCUAUCCACCUCGUCCGGAGAGGAGACUAUCUGCUGGGCAUCCUUCGAGAGCACGACGAGAAGAUUCGUGCGAUCGAGUCCACGCUCACUAGGCGAGGCCAGAAGGUGUCAAUGUCGCCACCGCCGCCUGUCGCGUCAACGUCGUACGCGGCCACCGUCAGGAAGCGGGCGGAGAGUGAGGCUGUGGCCUCAGUGGAUGAGGGUGCGAACAAGAAGCGGAAGCGGAGACCAACACCCACCUUCACCGACUCUUCUUCGUCCGACGAGUGCCCAUCGAUGGAUGAGGCGGCUACGAAGGAGGAGUUGCGGCCUGUCAAGAAGCAGCUGAAAAACCUCAAGCUCUCUGGUGGUGACAUGCCUCGGGAAGACAAGGUUGCGAUUCUCAAGGAAUCGUUGGCUGCUAUCGGAAAACGCAUAGAGGUUGUAUUGCAGGCGAAGGCGGCUGCGGGCGAGGAUCGCGACAGAUGGCGACGACACCUCUGGACAUUCGUGACGCUCUUCUGGCCCAAGAAAGUCAAAGCGGGGAAGCUCGAGGAAAUCCAUGCGAAGAUGGUCAUGAAGGAGGGCGCACCGAGGGCUUCCUCCAGUGAUGGCACCUCGGCGGCGAAGAAGCCCAGGCUAAGCGUGGGUGCAUCCAGUCGAGCAGGUGGGCCCGCCGCUCCAUCCGCGUCCACGAGUUCUUCGCAUACAAACGGGAAGUACCGGUGACAUUCGAUCUUCCCGCUCUGUAUCGUCCGCUACCUCCGAGAUCUUCGCUCCCCUAUCUCAUGCCUCUAUUGUCAUCCACUGUAUCGCUGCACAACCCCGGUCUUCACAUUCAUGCUGUACUUUUGCGACCAACAUACCUCUACAUACGAACUCUACCCUCCGCUUAGUCUGGCUUGUUUAUCCAUCAGUGUCACCCCGUACGUUAGCUACAUGCUCCAUCCCGACUCUAUCUCGUUCUAUUUGCUGUCAGUCAAGGAUUCUCCAUGUUUUCGUAGUAGCAUAUACAGCGCGCAAUCAUCACAACGAAUUAUGUGUAACAUCGUGUCAUCAUCG